CCCCACGAUUGCUGCCUCAGAGCCUUGCCCGUGAAGGUCUCACAAAUAUCAGACUUCAACCCAAUUUUCGAAGGGACAUCUCUUUAAUCCCGACUCAAUAAUAUAUACAUAAGAUCAAACCUAAGAAAACCUCAAGAUGAAAUUUUCCCAGAUCUUUACUCUCCUCUUAACAAGUGAGGCCGGAGCCAUUAGUCGAACCUCCCUUGUAUCCUCGAUCCACAACACCGUGUCAAAGGCCAACAUCCCCGGCGUUCUGGCCAUCGCAGCUGAGAAAUCCAGAGAAUUAGUUACAGAGACCCUUCCGCAAGCGACUGUCCAAGGCGCGAAAUGGGUGGCCGCCAACCCAGGCACAGCCGCUUCAUGCGGUGCCGCGGGAGUCGGGCUGGUUCUUGUUGUCGCGCCGGCGUCGGUGGCAGCUCCAGGGCUGGGAGUCGUAGGUUUCGGAGUAGACGGGAUUAUUGCAGGGUCCUCUGCUGCCACUAUCCAGAGCAGCAUCGGUAGCAUUGUAUCACCUUCCCUAUUUGCGACAUUGCAGAGCGCAGGCGCAGGUGGAUAUGGAGUGGCGACGGUAUAUCCGGUUGUUCAGGUUGUGGGUGGCGCGAUUACUUCAUCCGCGGGGGCUAGUGUUGCUUGGGUGAAGUCGAAGUCGAGGCCAAAGGCAUGAAAACAAUCUCAGUUCUGGCAUAGAUGAUAUGGACGAGAGCAUUAUACAAAUUCAUAAUGAAACUAGGCGAGAGAAGACGUGCGAUCUGAGGCAAUACCUAGCGAGACCACUACCACGGUCGUUGAAGCCGUGCCGAAGAUGCUAUUGCCCGUAACUUUUUGUCUAGCA